AUGACCAUGGUAAAAUCAGCCAUAAGGAAGGGAAGGAAAAGAUUGGCUCACCAAGAGGACCCAAAAAUUAAGGAUGGAGUUGUUAAACUCAGAGAGAAGCUGACAAGCAGACAAAAACAAAGGCUUAAGAAGCGUUUCCUGAAAUCUGAUGAACCUGUUGAAAAUAGAGUGUCUCGAAAGGUUUUCGAGCCGUCUAACGGCCUGCUUGAAAAUGACGGUGACGAACUUAUGGUUGAUGAUUUUGGACGUCUAUCAGAUUUAGAAGAUGAAGACAUUAAGACAAAUACGGAUCCUGUAGAACCUGUAGAUGAAAAUGAAGAUAUGAUAACCAACCUCGCUUCCGAAGAUGUGGUUGAAAAGUCUGUCAUGGAUUCCAGUACAUUGAACCAACGCAUUCGAAACUGGCUCUAUAUCCUAUCCGAUUUCAAAAACAGAGCACCUGCAGACCUCAAUAGGAGUUUGUGUGUUCGAACUCUGAUAAGCGACUUAUGUUCUCGUUAUUCGUACAAUCAGUUUCUUAUGGUGAAACUUCUUGACUUGUUUCCAAAAGAGAUCGUUGAGGUUUUAGAAGCUAAUGAAGUCGACAGACCAGUGACCAUACGCACAAAUACCUUAAAAACCCGUCGGAGGGAAUUGGCUCAAGCUUUAAUAAAUCGUGGUGUGAACCUUGAUCCUUUGGAACCGUGGAGCAAAGUUGGACUUGUUGUUUAUUCAUCACAAGUACCAUUAGGCGCAACACCAGAGUAUCUUGCCGGUCAUUAUAUACUUCAGGGAGCUAGUUCUAUGCUUCCUGUAAUGGCCUUGUCUCCUCAGUUAGGCGAGCGUAUCCUGGAUUUGUGUGCUGCGCCGGGUGGGAAAACAACUUACAUUGGCAAGUUUGGAAUUUUGGUUGGUGUACUUAUGAAUCAAAAUGUUAGGAUUAGUGAUGAAUCUUCAGUACUAUUACUUCCCCAUCUCCUAAGUUUUUAUUAA